AUGAAUAUCAGACAAUUAGAUACUAUUGUUUCUUGGUUACUAUAAAAAUUUAAAUAUGCUCCUUAUAGAUGGAAUGAACAACAAGUUCAUUAUUUUUGUGAGUUUGUUGGAUUAACUUGGGCAAUUCCCAUUGUCACAGUAAAUCAACAAUAAUUAAUUGAUUUUAGAUUCAAACCAUCCCCAAAUAAAGAUCAUAAAACUAUUAAUAAGAAGUGUCAACUGAUGGAUAAAGAUUAUAAAUUCCUUUACUUGAUAUUUGUACUAAACAAUAUGAACAGAUUUUAGAAGUUUGCAUCGCCUAAAAUUUAUUUAAGUUGAUUAGUCAUUCUAUUGACAUAAAUCUCUAUUAUCAAAUAUAAAAAUUAAAGAUUUGGUCUCUUAUAUUAUUGAAGUAUCAGAAUUAUAGAGAAAUUUUGAAAAAGCUUUAUGGAUCAAAAUUAUUUUUCCAAUAGAAAUGUAAAACUUGUACAGCAGAAAUAAGUUGUUCAUGUUCAGUUUUAUCUAAUAUUUUAUAUGAAAUAGAGAUUUAUAUAAAAAGUAUAUAUGAAAUGAAAACCAUCUAAAAUAAUAAUAGAAAGUCCUCUAUUUUUAUUAGUUCAGAUAUUAUAAAUCUUUUAUUAAAAUCCAUAUCUCAUUUGCCUUAAAUUGAUUAAACACCUUUGUUUUGGGAUAUGGAUGAUAUUAAAGCUUUAUUAUUUGUAAUUAAAUUUCAAGAUUAUUACCCACUUCUUUAUCAAAAUUAGAUAGAUGGAUUUGUUUUAUUAUUGUUAGUAAAUCCUCCUUUUAAAGGUGAGAAUUUAUUUCUUAAAUGUUUACUUUUAAAUUAAGAAGAUUCAUCAAAAACUUAAAAUGAUUUAGUAAGAAAUAGAUAAAGUAUGGUUAGAGAUACUAUGUAAACAGCUAGUAAAUAUCAUUAAAUAAAUUAAUUGGUUAAUUUAUUACAUUAUUUAUUGUAAAUACUGAGUUUUACAGCAUAUAAAAAUUAAGAAUCUUAUAAUGAAUAUAAAAAUAUUGGAUAGAGAAAAGUGAGUGAAAUAAAUUGGUUAUCAUUAUAUUAUUUUUAAAAAGCAGCUAAAGCAUAAUAAUAAUUAAAUAGAAAUAUUUAAUAAUUGAGUGAAUCAAGAAACUUAUCAAAGUCUCACGUAUAUACAUUAUAAUAAUAAUUUAAUAGAGACAUAAAACAGAGAUGUUAGAUAUUAAAAUGAUGGUUAUUGAAGAAAAUGUAGAUACAAAUAUCAAGAAGUAGUUUAGUCAUCCAAAUGUAACUUAAUCUGCUAAAUCUUCUCCUCAAUCCUAAAGAAAUAACUAAUGGAUGUAAUUAAAGAAUUAUAAUGCAAAACGAAAUAUUUUAGGAAAUUAUGUUAAUACAGAUUUAAAAGAGUCAAUUUUGAUGUAAUAAUAGAAAUAUAUUAAUUAGAUAAGAUUAAGAUUAUGUAGAUGAAUAAGAUAGAGAUCUAUAAUAUACAGAAACAUAAGUUCAAAUAGAAGAAGAUAUAGAAUCAACUGAAAAUGUUAAUUAAUCUUAGGAAGAACAAUCUUAAUAAUUAUCAAAUUAAGAAGAGGACAUAGUAGAGAAUCAAUAAAUGUAAUAGUCUAUUCUAAUGAUGUAAUCAGUAAUAUUAUAGUAUUGAUUAUUUAGUAGUAGAUAUUUUAAGAAUAAUAACAAUAAUAAUAAUAAUAAUAAUAAUAAUAAUAAUAACAAUAAUAAUAAUAAUAGUUAAUGUAAGAAUCUGUAAUUAUGGGAUAAUCUGCUUUAUUAUAAUAAUCAACAAUUCUUUAAUAAUCUGAACUUUUAUAAUAAUCAUAAAUUUUAAAUAAAUCAAUUUAAAUUAACUAGAUUAUUGAGGAAUAGGAUUUUAAAAGAGUAGAGUACUUAUAGUAUUAUAAAUAAUUAGAUAUAACAGCAAUAAUCUUUAAAAGAAUAAAUUUUAUAAAGAUUAUAAAAACUAAGUUUAACUCCAAUUUUCGAUCCAUUUCAAUUAUUUUAAUCUACGCAUUUAAAAUUAAAAUGUGAUGAAUAAUAAAAAGUAUUUAAUUAAAUAAAUUUUAUUAGCUUAAGAUAGUGAAUAUCUAAGGUGCUUAUUUUGGUAGAAGUGAUGAAUGCACUUUUGCAUUUACUGAUCAUUCUAAAAUUAGUAGUAAGCAUUGCUAAAUAUUUUAUAAAGAAAGUAUAAAAUAUUUUAAUUCAUAAUUAGAAGCCUUUUAUUUAUUAGAUGUUGGUUCAAAAGGGGGAACCUUUAUUAAAAUAAAUCACAAUUUUGUAAUAGAGAAAAAUAUGUCAUUUUAUAUUGGAAAUAGAUUUGCAUUUAAAAUAAUAGAAAUUAAUACAGAAAGUGGUUUCUUAGAAGUACGAUAUGAACAUGAAGGAGCAGCAAAGCACAAAUAAAUUUAUUUAAAAAAGGGAGAUAAAUUUUUAAUCGGAAGAGAAAAAUCAAAAAAUAAUUUCACAUUUAUGCAUUCUCAGUUAAUUUAUAAUUUAAUAUAAUAGAUGCAAUAAAUUAAUGAGUGCAAGACAUUUAGAAAUAAAUUAUGAGUAUAAUUUUAAGAUUGGAUGUGUAAAAUUAAUGAUUAAUGAUUUAGAGAGUAAAAAUGGAACAUGGUUGAGAUUAAGUGAAAAAUAAUUAAAUAGUUCCCCUUUUUAAUUAUAAUAAGGAUCAAAAUUUAAUUUAUCAUUUGAAAUUAUUUUUGAUGUUAUUGAAUUGGUUUGUGAAGUUUGA